AUGAUGACCACCGCCCUUCCGUACAUGAACCGGCAAAACGCCAUGAACAAUCGAUCGAAUGGGUCCCUAUCCAAUCGACGAGCGUCUCUCUCCUCAUUUCCGUCAUCGCGGUCGCCAUCGCAGAUGUCCCAAAAUUCUCGUCAAGCCAGGUCACCCCAGUUUCCUGUGACCGAGACAGACCGCACCUCGGAUCCGAGUUCCAAGUCCAAGACGCCGUCACUAGCUCCAUCAUCUCAGCACUCGUCCUUGUCGGCACCUUAUCGAUUGAACGCCGAUGCCCGGUCGUCGAGAAGGCUCAGGUCGCAGUAUCCCCGUGGGUCAGCCGAUAACCAUGUCGAGUAUAUCCUUGUGGCCUCGUUUGACAUUGACAGAGGUCCUGUUAUGGAACACCAAUAUCCAGUCGCCAUUACUGGAGAUGAAAACAUGCUGGCGGAGCUUAUGCUCCCUGAUCAGGCACAUGCUCGAAACCAAGACUGGACUAUAUUUUUCUUGCACAAAGAUAGCAGCCAAGAGGAAGAGGAUGCCGAGAGACAGGCAAGGGAGCGGAGGAGACAAAUACGCAGGAGAAGGCGAAAUAGAGCGGCUGGGGUCAUAUCUGAGGAUGAGGAGGAAUUUGACGACGAGGACGAUGAUGAUGAAGAUGUAGACGACGAAUCCACCGACAGCGAACCCGAGGGCGGAGAAGGCCCGCCACUGAUUUAUGUAUUGAACCUUGUCAACACCAAACAUGACAAGUCUGUAAAGCGUGGUGCCAUCGUCAAAGCCAUGGCUAUUUGUACGAGGCAUCCCUUUCUGCACAUUUACAAGGUGAGUCGAGCGACAACUAUUUUCCAGCUACGCAUCAAGCUAAUAAUAAACCUUUGCGGCCCACAGCCUCUGCUCUUACUUGCCUUGGAAGAGUAUUUCAAGUCCCCUGUCCCUGAAACCCUUUCCAUGCUUUACGAUGCCGUCAAUGCCAUGGAUUUGUCUCUUAUGCCCCGGCUCAGCAUCCUCGAAAGGCACCUCUUGUUAGCUAGUGAGAAUCGUGACCUAUUUGUCGAGAAGUUUGAGCAAAUGAUUCAAAUUCGAAUGGCCGAGGACAAAGCCGAUGGAUUAAUGGACGGACAAAUUGAGGAUUCAAGAAGUCCUGUCAAAUCGGGCGGGAUAUCUCGCGCCGGCACGAAAGCUCACGUCGAGGGUGGAAGCCAAUCCUUGUACUCAGUCCCCAGGGAUACGCACGAAUUUGAGAGCAAGGUCAUGUACAAAGGAAUUCCGAUCCCAAUCAAGGUUCCUACGGCCGUCAUGCCAGAGACAGUGGGCGACUUCUCCUUGAUCAAGCUCAUUCAAAACUUUUCGGAACCGCACGCGAAGUCGCCGCAGGCAUUCACCCUUCAUCCCCACCUGACAACCAAUGGCGCCGGCACACAUCCCAUUAUUGUUCUUGUCAAUGCGUUACUGACGCAAAAGCGAAUCAUCUUUUUGGGUCACAACAUGCCUUCAGGUGAGGUUGCCGAGGCUGUCCUUGCUGCCUGUGCUCUUGCGUCUGGUGGGCUGUUGCGUGGCUUCACUCGACACGCUUUCCCCUAUACCGACCUGACCAAGAUCGACGAUCUCUUAAACGUCCCUGGCUUUAUUGCCGGUGUCACCAACCCUACUUUUGAGAUGCAUCCCGAAUGGUGGGACAUUCUCUGCGAUCUGCCGAGCGGCCGCAUCAAGAUUAGCAGCAAGAUUGAGUCAGCCGCCGUGACGGAGGGGUUGUUGUACUUUCAGCAACAGAAUCCAACAUUGGCGACCGUGGCCAGCGGCAACGCUAAUAACAACCAAGACUUGACGGGCGAUGGAGCUUUCAUGAUAGAUAUUCUGAAAAGCAUUGCUGUGCGCCAUGGCGAGAGAGUCAUUCGCGCGAAAUGGAGAGACUGGGUCACGAAAUUCACCCGCAUCGCAGCCCAAUUUGAAGAGAGCGUGUAUGGAGCAAGCGCUUUGUAUAUUGGCAGUGAGGACCAAGAUAUCACUCUUCCGGGGGCCAGCGGCCACGGCUAUGUCUGGUCAGAUGACGCGGCGAAGAAUAAGGAACUCGCCGGGAAUGUGACCAGAAUUGAAGGCUGGCGAAACACCCGGAGCUACUACAGCUACAUCCAGGACCUCGCGCAGGUAUAUACGGUUCGGCCAUUAAAGGGUCUUGACUUGGCACACAUGCACGACAGGCUACGAAUGCAACGGCUAUCUCCCAGCCAGAGCAAAGAUAUUUACCUCACGCUUUCAAAGUGUAUACAUUCCUACGACGAGAUCUGCCUUCUGCUAAACGUAGCACCCGAGUCACACGCUGGCCUCUUCUAUGUCGCCCUCGGACUGUUCCACCAAGAUCGCGAGGUGCGUCUAAAGACGAGCGAGCUCCUGAGUCGUAUUGCGGAGCACGAAGCUGGCCAACACUGGUGGAGGGGCCUCAGCCGCUUCGAGAAGCUGGCCUAUGAGCGCAUUCGCAGGGAAAUCAAUCUGGAAAUUCGUGCAAAGCUAGAGAAGGAAGGGCUCAGUCCCAGCUACGAACGGAGAAUCAGCUAA